AUGGUACCCCCCUCUACUGAUAACACCAACCCUGCUGAGGUUCCUACAGACUUCCACAAUGCUCAGCACUGGGUGAGCUUGAGAGCUGGGGAUGCCUCUGAGGAGGAUGCGGCAAUAGAAGAUGACGCCGCGAGCUCUACCGAGUCAAUCUCGUCCAGUAUUCUUCACUACCGAACCAUCCAUGGAAGGACUUAUCAUUCCAAACGAGGAAACGCCCAGUACUGGACACCAAAUGAUGAGCACCACAAUGAGUCAAUGGACAUCAAUCAUCACCUUCUCUCCCUCUCCCUCAACGGCAAGCUUUACCUUGCUCCGCUAAAAAAUGAUAUCAAAAAAGUCAUAGAUAUUGGAACUGGCACUGUCAGUGAUUUCGCCGACCAGUAUCCCAAGGCCGAGGUCAUUGGGACAGACAUCUCUCCAAUCCAGCCCACUUGGAUUCCCGCAAACCUGAAGUUCGAAAUCGAGGACUGCACCCAAGAAUGGACAUUUGAACCAGAAUCUUUCGACUACGUACAUAUGCGCUACCUCUGUGGAAGCAUCAGUGACUGGUCCGCCCUGUUCAAGGAAGCGUUUAGAGUUUGCAAGCCCGGCGGUUGGGUUGAGAGUUAUGAAGCUUCUCCUCGUAUGGAAAGUGAUGAUGGAAGCGUUACUGAGACGUGCGCUAUUAAUGAAUGGGGGAAAUUCUUCAUCGAGGGUGGCAAGAAGCUAAACCGUACGUUCGAGAUCUUAGAUAAAGAUCUCCAGAGGAAGGGCAUGGAAGAGGCCGGCUUUGUCGACGUUCAGGUCUGGGACUUCAAGGCACCUAUCGGCGGCUGGGCCGAGGAUCCUCGCAUCAAGGAGAUUGGUCAGUUUGCCCAGGCUGCUCUCGAGCAGGAUUACGAGGGUUAUGUGCUUUUCAUGGCCAACAUGGUCCUCGGUUGGUCCAAGGAGGAGGUCUCGACCUAUUGCGCCCAGCUUCGUCGUGAGAUCCGCUCGGGCAAGUUUCAUCCUUUUUACCGCCAGCGGGUUGUGUAUGGCCGAAAGCCAGAGUAA